UAACCUGCCUGACAUCUGACUCCCCAGGAGCGAAUCCAGAGCCUGAGGAAGCAGAGAGAGGAGCUGCAGGGGCUGAAAUGUGCAUGGGAGCAGGAGAGUGAAGAGCUCCUGAGGCAGACGGAGCUGGAGAGACAGCUGGUGUUGUCCGAGUGUGAGUGAGGGACUGCACCAGCUCCUGGAUGAACACAAGUGACUCUUGAUGGCCUGGCUGGGAGAGCUGGGCUUGGAGAUUGUGAGGAGGAGGGAGGAAAAUGCCCGCCUGAGCGCCCUGAUCACGGAGCUGGAGGGGAAGUGUCAGCAGCCAGCGCCUGAGCUCCUGCAGCGUGUCAGAAGCACUGUGAGCAGGUCUCUGUGUCUCUCUACGUCUCUCUGCAGGGCUGAGGAGGUGAUGCCUCUGCAUCCAGCCCCCACGUUCCCUGGGCAGGACAGGAGAAUUGGGGAGAGCAAGCCGCAGGAGGUUCUGAUGAGAUUCCUGGAGUUCAGAAGAGCCCGAGGACACACAGGUGAGUGACCCUGACCCCAUAUCAGUGACCCCAGAGCCCUCCUUGGAGAACUUUGCUUGCUACAGCCACUGCUCCCACCAUCCUGGUGCCCUGAAGGUGGGCUUUGUCCCUGUGACCAGCAAGAUUCAGUGCAUCCCUGCUGCAUUCACCCCUCACUGCUCCCAGCUCAGCACACUCUGUACGUCCUGGGCCCUGGACAGGGCUGGUCUCUGAGCCAUGUGAGAUCCCAGGCCCAGGGUGUUUUGGGAUUCUCAGUCGAUCUCCCUGGCACUGAGCCUUGUGCAGCAGCUGCUUCUGCUACGGUUGG